UCUUUAAAUCAUCAUAACUUAUUUCGAUGGAAACUGAUGCCUACAACUUUUAGGAACGUGCUCUUUUUUUUGGAUGAGGCAUGUCUUGAGCUGGCUUCAGAGCAGCUUUCACAAUAAGAACCUACCAGUUUGUGAUUUUUAGUCCAAAGAAGUGGGCAUUGCCUGAGUGUCCUGGAAAGGCCUCCGCUGGACAGAUAUCCGGGGCCUCCUUCCCGGGCACUGUGGGCUGUGCAGGUGCACAGUGCCCCACACUCCAGUGGGCAUCACACUUGGUUUAAAUGCCCUGUGUUUAUCAUCUUGAAAUCCUUAACAAUCUCAUCUCUGAAUAUUUUUCCAUCUGUAAGCAAAGUCAGAUGGGACAAGGCAGCCAUGGGCAGAUUGGCACAGUAUAUGUGUCUGCUGUUUUUUGCUGCCCAUUCACAUAUAGCAUUCACCAUGCCCCUGAGCACCGAGUUCUGUUGGAUCCAUCACAUGUGCGCAAAGCAGGUCCAAGGUCCAGAGGUCGAGCUGUCGCGUACCUAGGAUGCCGCGAGGAAGCCGAAGCCGCACCUCCCGCAUGGCCCCUCCGGCCAGCCAGGCACCUCAGAUGAGAGCUGCACCCAGGCCGGCACCUGUCGCUCAGCCACCAGCAGCAGCACCCCCAUCUGCAGUUGGCUCUUCUGCUGCUGCACCCCGGCAGCCAGGUCUGAUGGCCCAGAUGGCAACCACUGCAGCUGGCGUGGCUGUGGGCUCUGCUGUGGGACACACACUGGGUCACGCCAUUACUGGGGGCUUCAGUGGAGGAAGUAAUGCUGAGCCUGCAAGGCCUGACAUCACUUACCAGGAGCCACAGGGAACCCAGCCGGCACAGCAGCAGCAGCCUUGCUUCUAUGAGAUCAAACAGUUUCUGGAGUGUGCCCAGAACCAGGGUGACAUCAAGCUCUGUGAGGGUUUCAGUGAGGUGCUGAAACAGUGCCGACUUGCAAACGGAUUGGCCUAAUCAAGAAGUUCAACCUGGAGAGAUGGAAAAUCAGCUCUCAUAUCUUAAGUUAAUUUAGUAUAAAAAUAGAAUUGAUAGUGAAGGUAUAAAGUGUAACCAUCAGUUAAACCUCUCCUGUCAUUCCUAGCUUCCUUGCUUCAGAACUGAAAUGGAAGGGGGCGUGUUCCUACUCUGUAGAAUUUGGGACUGGGCAAAAUGUGUUACCUCCUUAAACUAGCUGUUAUGAUUUUAUUCUUUGUGAGUUAAUUAGAAUAAAGUCAUUUUCUUCCAAAAAAAAAAAAAAAA